AUGGUGAGAAAAAAUAAAACUACAGCUGUUGUUAGUCCAGGGCAGUUUCCUGAAAGUGAGUCUGUUCGAUCGUCGACAAAGGAGAGUCGAGAUGUAACACCUGGCAUUUCAGCGACAGGGAUAGCUGUUGACUUGGGUGAAUAUCCUUUGAAGGACUUAUGUAUGCAUAAGGGGUUAAGGCGGGAACAGAAUACGAAUGGAAAAGAUCAAUCAAAUAUUGGUGUUUCUACCACGCCUGGUGGGGAUAGUGUUGCGUUACUUGUGGAAGAGCAACCAAGAAUUAUAUCAGAUGCUGAAAAUUUAAAUGAAGAGUUUACUCAACCUCGUUCGGCAAAUUUGUUGCCUGUGCGAAUUGUGGGACAUAGGGGAUCUAAAAAAAGGGAUAGGCCUAUUGUUCACUUAGUUCAAAUUUCAUCCGACGAGUUAUCCAUUCAGUCGAAAAGAAAACAACGACUUGUAGGAACGGGUGGUUUCGGUAAAGGGCCCAUUUUAAAUUCGCUCAAUGUUCGUCAGCAAGGGGAAGGAACUAAAUGUAACGUUGUUCAAAUUUCGGGAGAUAAUGUUUCCGCUAAAGGCCAAAUGGAAGUUGAUGUCUUCGCUGCAUGUUCUGAGAAUUAUGUUGCGAUGGGUAUGGAAGAACAAAUGAACCUUGCUGUGGGAGCCGAAAAUAUGAUUACACAGAAAGGACCUACAAAAAGGAAGAUUAGGCCUAUUGUCGAUUUAGGAGAACAUUCGUCAGAAACGGUGAUGUCGUUGCCGACAAAUUUCCCGUCGAGCAGUCGACCGGUUGGAGGCGAGGAGGAAAACGGUGUGUUGGUUAUCGACGACAAUCCGAUAAAUGUUCGCCACGUGGAUACAAAUGCUGAAAGCUUGCGGCCAGCACAUGGACACCUGUUUGCUGAUUGUUUUGAGGUGCCUAUUCAAGAUUGUGAAGAAGUGAGUAGCUGGAAGCCGUGUAAUGCAGUGAGACCACUCGCAAUCAUUGGUGAAAACCUUCCAGUUGGCCCUCUUGUGCUUGAGAGUGCUUCGUGUUGUUUGUAUUGUAAUGCCAAGAAAUUCAUGUAUGAAACUUCGAGUUCCUGCUGUUGUGGCGGACAGGUUGUGGUUGCAGCUAAUCAAUUUCCUGAUAAGUUAUGCCGAUUAUAUUUAUCAGAAGAGGAAGACGCUAAACAUUUCAAGCAAUACAGCCGAAUGUCUAACAAUCUCUUUGCUUAUAGUUCUAUACGCGGUAAAACGGAGUCGACGACAUUUAAGGGGAUAUAUUUAUUUAAAAUGCAUGGGCAAGUAUAUCAUUCCGUUCCAGAUCUUCUGCCUAAUGAUGGUAGCCCUAAAUUUUUGCAGCUCUAUUUUUAUGAUGGCCAGCACGAAGUUCAGAAUCGAGUGAAUUGUUUUCCUGAGGUACGAGAGGAUAUUAUUCGUAUAUUAAUGAAGAUUACUGAAAUGAAUCCAUAUGCAAGAUUUUUUAGAUCGUUGAGGGAAAUAGAGAUAGAUGAAGACACGCAGAUAGUAUUAUCUCAAAAUCCUGUUUUGGAUCAACGUGUUUAUAACGCACCUGUUUCUGAUGAAGUUGCUGCUGUGUGGCCAGAUGGUGCGUCUUCAAGUCAGAUUAGCACUCCACAUAUUAUUGUGCAUGGAAAGUCUGCCCAAACUCAUCGGAUUUGUCAUUAUUAUGGGUGCUAUGAUCCAUUACAAUACCUGUUAUUAUUCCCUUUUGGUGAAUGUGGAUGGACUCAGAAUCUUAAGAAGCGAAAUGUUGGUGGGAAAAAUCAUACACAACAGGUUCCAGAUCCUAUUCAUUCCUGUACAGUUCAUACCGUGCAGAAUUUCUUAGACGAAGAAGAAUCACGGACCGUUAAACACAGGACAAGAGCUGAUAAGUAUAUCUCUCCAAGAGAAUACUAUGCUUACGUAUUACAAAUGAGGCCUUCGAACAUGCUCCUUAGAAGUGGAAGAUGUUUUCAACAAUUUGUUGUGGACAUGUAUGUGAAGAUCGAAAAUUCAAGACUCGAUUAUUUGCGGAACAAUCAAGAUAUCAUUAGAGCUGAUCUUUAUCAGGGUAUUCAUGAUAGUGUAACAGAUGGAGAGACAGAUGCUUCAAAGGUUGGACAUCUUGUUGUUUUACCUCCGUCAUUUAUUGGAUGUCUUAGAGAUCUAAAACGUCGGUAUCUAAAUGCAAUGGCAUUAGUUCAAAGAUAUGGGAAACCGGAUUUGUUUAUUACUAUGACAUGUAAUGCAAAUUGGCCCGAAAUAAAGUGUGAAUUACAACCUGGAGAGAAAGCUCAGGAUAGACCAGAUAUAGUGGCCCGUAUAUUUUGUGCAAAAUUGUUGAUAAGAGGGCCAUCUGAAUAUGAUAAGUUUGUUUGUGCUGAAAUCCCAUCGUUUUAUAAUCCUCGUCUUCGUAAAGUUGUCUUGACUCAUAUGAUGCAUGGGCCUUGUGGGAAGCUGAAUCCUAAGUGUCCUUGUAUGAGAAUGGAUGGGAAAAAAAUGAUCUGCAAAAAUGGAUAUCCAAAAGAUUACAAUUCAGAGGCAGCAAACAACAAAGAUGGGUAUCCUGUAUAUAGGAGAAGACCGACAGGGCAUGAUCGAAUAUCAUUUAAGAUAUCUGCUACAAAUGAAAAAAAAUUUGAUGAAAUAGAACAAUUUCAAUCUAGCAGGUGGGUAUCUCCAUGUGAGGGAAUAUGGCGAAUAUUUGGUUUUGAUUUAUUUGAGAAUUUUCCUCCUGUUAUGCCAUUACCAGUGCAUCUUCCAAACAUGCAAUCCAUUGCUGUAAGACCAUUUGAAAAUUUCAGACGGGUUGUUAGAGAUCCUAAGCGCGCACGUACACCUUUAACGGAGUACUUUGCAGUGAAUGCGUCGGUUGAUGGUGGUGUUAACCUUUUAUACAGUGAUUUUCCAGAACACUACACAUGGAAUUCAAAUGUGAAAGAAUGGAAAGACCGAAAAAAUGCACUCACUGUUGUUGGUAGAAUAUCGUUUGUCUUGCCUGCCGAAGGUGAACGUUAUUAUCUUCGACUAUUGUUGCUUAAUGUACGAAAUUCAACUUCGUUUACAGACUUAUGUACAGUUGACAAUUAUGUUUGUGCUACAUUUCAAGAAACUGCUAAACGGCUAGGCCUUUUGGAGGAUGAUGAUGCUGCAUCCAUAUGUCUAACUGAAGCUGCAGAGAUACAAUUACCGUGUGCUUUGAGACGGCUGUUUGCAACAAUACUGAUAUUUUGCCAGCCCAGUGAUCCAGCUUCUUUAUGGGAAAAGUAUUAUGCCUCAUUGUCGGAAGAUUAUAGGUACCAGUUUAAAGAUUGUCCCGGAAAAGCUAAACAACUAACUGUUAGUUUAUUAGAGCAACAUCUUGAAUCAAUGGGUAAAUCACUGAAAACAUUUGGGCUGGAUCAUCUGGGCUAUAAUGUCAGUGACGAGUUCAGGAAAACGAGAGUUAUAACAGAUGCUUUGAAUAUACCUAUUCCUGAAGAAUAUAUAAACUCAAGAUCACGGUUGAAUGAAGCUCAACUAAAUGCAUAUGAUGUCAUAAUGAAUCACGUCAAGGAGGGAAAAGGAGGUGCUUUCUUCAUUGAUGGACCAGGCGACACGGGUAAGACUUUUUUAUACAAUAGUUUAUAUGCAGAAAUUCGAAUGAUGAAUAAAAUUUUACUGCCCACUGCGUCAUCUGGAAUAGCCGCAUCAAAUCUACCUUCAGGCAGAACAACUCAUUCAAGAUUUAAAAUACCUGUUGAUCAUGAGAGUUGUUUUACGUGUGAUGUGCCAAAACAAGGUAGUUUAGCACAAUUAUUAAAAGAGACAGCUUUGAUUAUCUGGGAUGAGGCUUCUAUGGCGAAUAAGGCGAAUUUACAGGCACUUGAUUUGCUGUUGCAAGAUAUAUGUGAAAAUACGACACUUUUUGGUGGUAAACUUAUCAUUUUCGGUGGAGAUUUUAGGCAGGUUUUACCGGUUGUACCCCAAAAGUCCUUAAGACAUGCUGUUGAAUCGAGCAUUGUCGCUUCAUAUAUCUGGCCAUCUUUGAAAAGAUUAAAGUUAACGGAAAAUCAGAGAGCUCGUGAAGAUCCAACAUUUUGUGCGUUUUUGUUAUCUCUUAGUAAUGGUGAAUUACAAACAAAUGAGUGA